AUGGAACUUGGUUCGAAUGCAACCUUUCAACAUAGCAGCCGACCUUCCUUGAAGAUAGCGCAACCCGUCCGUUCAUCUCGUGACGGUACACCGAAGAUCGUGCCACGCGGCCACAGGCGGAUAGAGGCCGAUGGGUUAUGCUACGCGGUUGAAUCAAAUCACCUCAAAGUGGGAAGGCUAUUGUUUCCAGGCCCUAAACAUGAGAUAUUCCAAAGAGGUGUCGCAACUGAUAUGGCAGUUGCCUGCACGCCUGUAUCCUCUGUCUUUGGUCCCCACCACUUGUCACUUCCCACCCCGUCUCUCCUUACGUCCUGUAGGCCUACAUGUCCCUAUUAUAUGUCGGGGUCAGUGGAUGAAGUUAACCUGUAUGGUCUUCUUCCCGAUGCAGCACAUAUGCAGCAUGAAAUAGCAGCACUAAACAUUAUUGCAUACGGUGGCCCGAUUUAUUCGCUCUACACAUUGAAAGACCACACCCCUGGAGGCAAGGUAACCUGCCCCGUAGUCUUUCCCCUAGCUUGA